AUGAAAGUUUUCUGUGUCUUUCUUACAUUCCUCCUAACAUCGGCGUUUCUUCUUCCCUCUGCUGAGAGCUUGAGACCCAUCAAAGGGGGUGGAUCGCCUAAAGGAGAUUCAGGCAAAGUUCCUGAAGUAAGGAAAGGUAUGGAUACUACUCAGGGUGGUUAUGGAGGUCGUUCAUUAGGAGGAGAAUCCAACCAAGGAAGCCAAAGAAAUAAAGAUUUUCCUAGUGUCAACCCUUCCACAUUGGGAGUUGGUGAAAAUGGAAGAAACUGUAGUGACAGCGGGAAGGAGGGUGGAGGUUCGGAAGGAAGUUAUACCAAUGGUGAAGAAAAGGGAAAUGAUGGUGCAACUGGUGGUGGUGGUGAUGGUCAAAAUGAAGAUAGUGAUGAAGAUGACCAAGGAAAUAAUUCAAAUGAUGAAGACGGUAAUAGUGACAAUGAUGAAGGAAAUAACUCAAAUGAUGAUGAAGACGAUAAUAAUGAUAAGGACCAAGGAAAUGACCGCAAGGACGACGGUAAUGACGGGUUGGGCGGAGACACUGGAGGAAAUGGUGAGGGAGGAGGAGCAUACGGUGGAGGUGAUAAUGGAGGAAAUGGUGGUUUUGGUGAGGGAGGGGGAGGAGGUAGUGGAAGUGGAGGUGGAGGUGGAUACGGUGCAGGGUUUGGAGGAGGGUAUGGGGGAGGAAAUGGAGGAGGGUGUGGAGGUGGAGGAGGAUUUGGUGGUGGUGUUGGUACGGGCGGGGGAUUCGGGUUCGGAGUAGGAGGAGGACAAGGUGGUGGUGGUAGACACGGGCAUUGA